CGAGGAGCAGCGACCCGACCCAGCGGGUGGAGAGCCGGUGCCUCCGGGGAGGAGGGGGAGGCCAGUUCGCCGCCCCGCCGCGCAUCCCAGCGCGCUCCGUCUGCAGGAACCGCCGCCCCGGGCAGGAGCGCAGCCUUGUUCUGAAGAUCGGCUCUCUUCAACCUGAAAAUGUCCAGCCGAAGUAUGGAGUACGGGCAGCUCCCUGAGUAUGAGAAGAGUCAGAUCAAAAGGACCCUGGAGCUGGGGACUGUGAUGACUGUGUACAGCCUGAAGAAAAGUAAUCCAGAGAGAAGAACAAUUCAGGUCAUUAUGGAAACCAGGCAGGUGGCUUGGAGCAAAACGGCAGACAAGAUAGAAGGAUUUUUGGAUUUAACGGAAAUCAAGGAAAUCAGACCAGGGAAAAAUGCGAAGGAUUUUGAGCGUGGAAAGGGGGCACGUCAGAAGGAGGAGCACUGCUUCACCAUUUUUUAUGGCACUCAGUUUGUUCUCAACACUUUAAGCCUAGCAGCUGACUCAAAGGAGGAGGCGGACAAAUGGCUUUGUGGGUUGAAUAUUUUGUAUCAGGAAGCUAUAAACGCAGGCACCCCAGCAAUUACAGAGAGCUGGCUGAGGAAGCUGAUUUAUUCGGUGGAUCAAUCCAGAAGGAACAGCAUCAGCUUGAGAGAGUUGAAAACGAUACUUCCGUCCGUUAACUUCAAAGUGAACAGUGUGAAGUACUUGAAAGAUAAAUUUGCGGAAAUAAAAGCUGCUAAAGAAGAACUUAGCUUUGAGCAAUUUCAUCUUUUCUACAAAAAGAUUAUGUUUGAGCAACAGAAAUUGAUUCUGGAUGAAUUCAAAAAGGAUUCUACUAUGUUCCUCUUAGGAAACACAGAUCGGCCGGACGCUUCAGCAGUACAUUUGCACGAUUUUCAGAGAUUUCUGCUACACGAACAACAGGAAUCUUGGGCACAGGAUCUUAAUAAAGUAAGAGAGAGGAUGUCCAGAUUUAUAGAUGACACUAUGAGGGAAACAGAUGAACCUUUCCUCUAUGUUGAUGAGUUUCUUACCUACCUUUUUUCAAAAGAAAACACCAUUUGGGAUGAGAAGUAUGCUUCUGCUGACCCGCAAGAUAUGAAUAAUCCUUUAUCCCAUUACUGGAUUUCUUCUUCUCAUAAUACAUAUCUCACUGGUGAUCAACUUCGUAGCGAAUCCUCCCCAGAAGCGUACAUCAGAUGUCUCCGAAUGGGGUGUCGGUGUAUUGAAUUGGACUGCUGGGAUGGUCCAGACGGAAAGCCCAUUAUCUAUCACGGAUGGACACGAACCACCAAAAUUAAAUUUGAUGACGUUGUGCAGGCAAUCAAAGACUACGCAUUUGUAGCGUCUGACUACCCCGUGAUCUUGUCCAUCGAAGAGCAUUGUAGCGUGGAGCAGCAGCGUCACAUAGCAAAGGUGUUCCGGGAAGUGUUUGGAGACCAACUUCUAGCAAGGCCUGUGGAAGCCAGUGCUGAUCAGCUCCCAUCUCCAACUCAGUUGAAAGGAAAAGUCAUCAUUAAGCAUAAAAAACUGGGGCCUAAAGGUGAUGUCGAUGUGAACACAGAAGAUAAGAAAGAGGAAAAGAAGCAACAAGGGGAACUCUACAUGUGGGACACCAUUGACCAGAAAUGGACUCGCCAUUAUUGCGCUGUAGCCAAUGGAAAGCUCUCCUUCAGUGAUGACAUAGAACAGAAUGCCGAAGAAGAACCAUUGAAGGAAGUGAAAAGUACAGAGCUACACUACGGUGAGAAAUGGUUCCAUGGGAAGAUGGCAGAAGGGAGGACCACAGCUGAAAGGCUCCUGCAGGAAUAUUGUGCUGAAAUGGGUGGCAAAGAUGGGACCUUCUUGGUCAGGGAGAGUGAAGCCUACCCAAAGGAUUACACCCUCUCGUUCUGGCGAUCAGGUAGAGUCCAGCAUUGCCACAUCCGCUCUUCUACAGAUGGGGACAGCAUCAAAUAUUACCUGACCAAUAACCUCACCUUCGACAGCAUUUCUGACCUCAUCCAGCAUUACAAAGAAGCCCAUUUACGGUGUGCUGAGUUUGAGCUGCGUUUGACUGAUGCUGUCCCGAAUCCCAAACCUCACGAAUCUAAGAACUCAAAUAUCAAAAAAGAUCCCCGAAAAUUUUGCUCAAGUAACACUGGACUUUUUGGGGUCAGGGAGAAAGAUCCUAACUCUUUAUAUGAAGUCAAGAUGUAUGUGGAGCCCACCGAAAUAACACCUUCUGUGCCGCAGAGAACGGUUAAAGCCUUGUACGACUAUCAAGCUAAGAGAGAUGAUGAACUGACAUUCUGUCGAGGAGCCUUAAUUCAUAAUGUCUCCAAAGAAAGUGGUGGCUGGUGGAAAGGUGAUUAUGGAUAUAAGGUCCAGCAUUAUUUUCCAUCCAAUUAUGUUGAAGACAUGUCAUCAGAGAGCAUGGAAGAACUUGAGAAUCAGAUCUUUGAGGACAACCCUUUAGGAUCAUUAUGUCGGGGCAUUCUGGAUCUCGAUUUAUAUACAGUGGUGAAAAUGCCUCAAGGAAACCACGGGAGGAGUUUCGUCUUUGUCCUGGAGCCCAAGAAUCCUGAAGACCCCCCCAUUGAGUUCGCCACUGAUAAGGUAGAAGAAUGGUUUGAGUGGUUUCAGAGCAUCAGAGAAAUCACCUGGAGAACUGUUGAAGAGAAAACUUUAAAAGGAUACUUGGAAAAGAAGCAGUUAAUUGCCAUGGAGUUAUCUGACUUGGUGAUCUAUUGCAUACCAACGAGCAAAACCAAAGACAACCUUGAUAAUCCUGAUUUCAAAGAAAUUCGCUCUUUUGUGGAAACCAAAGCAGAAAGCAUUGUCAAGCAGAAACCGUCUGACCUCCUGAAGUAUAAUCAGAAGGGACUGACUCGAAUUUAUCCCAAAGGGCAGAGAGUGGAUUCCUCAAAUUAUGACCCUUUUCGCUUCUGGUUUUGUGGGGUGCAGAUGGUGGCUCUUAAUUUCCAGACACCAGAUAAAUACAUGCAAAUGAAUCAAGCGUUGUUCUCACUGAACGGUUGGACUGGCUUCGUGCUUCAGCCGGAAAGCAUGAGAAAUGAGGCCUAUGACCCCGUGCCAAAUGAAUGCAAGAAGAAGCUGCAAAUGAUUUUGACUGUGCGGGUCAUUGCUGCCCGACAUCUUCCCAAGACUGGCAGAAGCAUUGCACGCCCAUUUGUAGAGGUGGAGAUCUGUGGGGCUGAAUAUGACAACAACAAGUUCAAGACAACUGUUGUGAAUGACAAUGGCCUUAAUCCAGUUUGGGUACUCCAGGAGCAAGUGAAAUUUGAAAUUUAUGACCCUAGCAUAGCAUUUCUACGCUUUGUGGUCUACGAAGAAGACAUGUUCAGCGACCCCAACUUCUUGGCACACGCGACUUUUCCAAUCAAAGGAGUCAGAUCAGGUUAUCGGUCAGUCCCCCUCAAAAACGGAUACAGCGAAGACAUAGAGUUGGCUUCUCUUCUAAUAUAUUGUGAAAUGCAGCAGAUCUUGGAAAGCGAGGAAGAUCUGUAUUCCUCCUUUCGGCAGCUGCGUCAACGGCAAGCAGAACUGAACAAUCAGUUGUACGACACCCAGCGAAACGCCCGGGGUACCAGUCGGGAUGCUUUGCUGAGAGAGUUCAGCGCAAACGAGGGGCAACUGCAGCUCUAUCAGGAAACCUGCAACAAGAGAAUGAGAGAGAAACGAGUUAGCAACAGCAAAUUCUAUUCUUAGAAAUCGGAGUUUCCUUUGACGGGUUAUACCUAAAAGUGCCCGGUGACACUGUAUUGCUUGCCUUUUCUGGGACAGAAGGCAUCCACAAAGUGCCUCAACCGGAUUAAACGUUUUUGAAAUGACAUCCUGAAGAGAAAAGAGAGUUUAAACCCACCUGCUGGAUUAUGGACCAUUCCUGAUUAUUCCUAUGCAAGAUCUAGGAAAACAAAAUGUCAGAAAAGAAAAAAAUUGUGUGUGCAUGUUUUUUUGGUUUUUUUUUUGAAAAGUUGUAAAAUCCGUUUCGGAGUUACGAGGCUGGAACGUUAUUUAUUUUUAAAUGUAUGUGUACGUCCAAAGGAAUGAGUGUAUGUAUAAGGCUGAAUGGCACUAAAUUUACAGAGAUUUGUACAAUUUUCGGGGAUUAAAACAUGUCAACCAUAAAUGUAUAUAUUUUGACUUGGGUGACUUUGUAAAAUGGCUAUUUUUUUGGCAGGUUUGAAGGCCUUGGUACAUAUUAAAGUGAUUAUCUCAUUUUA